ACUUUCAAUUUUCAGUUUCGCCUCGCUUUCUCCACCGGCCCUGGAUUCCACCGUCCGUCGACGGCGACAUCUACGAUGGUGAAUCAGCCUCCGAUCAACGACGACCGAUUCACCGACGCCGAACGCCAAAACGACGCCGGAGCAACAUUCGUCCUCCAAUCCAAAGGGGAAUGGUGGCAUGCCGGUUUCCAUUUAACGACGGCGAUUGUCGGACCGACGAUUCUAACGCUGCCGUACGCGUUCAGAGGAUUAGGUUGGGGAUUAGGGUUUUUCUGCUUGACGAUCAUGGCGGUUGUGACUUUCUAUUCGUACUUCCUCAUGUCUAAGGUUCUGGAUCACUGCGAGAAAGCCGGGCGCCGCCACAUCCGAUUCCGGGAACUCGCCGCCGACGUGUUAGGAUCUGGAUGGAUGUUUUACUUUGUAAUAUUUAUUCAAACGGCGAUCAAUACUGGAGUUGGAAUUGGAGCAAUUUUACUUGCGGGUCAAUGCCUUGAGAUAAUAUAUACGAGCCUUAAUCCAAAUGGAUCGAUGAAACUAUACGAGUUCAUAGCAAUAGUAACAGGGGUGAUGAUCGUUCUAUCUCAGCUUCCAAGCUUCCACUCUCUUAGACAUGUGAAUCUGGGUUCUCUCAUUCUCAGUUUGGGCUACACUUUUCUUGUUGUCGCUGCUUGUAUCAUUGCAGGAAGAAGUAAAGAAGCUCCAACAAGGGAAUAUACAUUAGAAUCAUCACCAAAAGCAAGGGUGUUCAGUGCUUUCACAUCCAUUUCGAUUUUAGCAGCUAUUUUUGGGAAUGGAAUCCUGCCUGAAAUCCAAGCAACUCUGGCAGCUCCAGCAAGUGGGAAGAUGGUGAAAGGGUUAAUAAUGUGUUAUGGUGUGAUAUUUGUAAGCUUCUACGCAAUCGGUGGGUCAGGAUAUUGGGUGUUUGGAAAUAAGGCAACGUCUAAUAUACUGCAGAGUUUGAUGCCGGACAAGGGGCCUUCAUUGGCUCCUACUUGGAUUCUGGGCCUUGCUGUCAUCUUUGUUCUUCUUCAACUCCUCGCCAUUGCUCUGGUGUAUUCACAAGUGGCAUACGAGAUAAUGGAGAAGCAAUCAGCAGAUGUAAAGAAAGGAAUGUUCUCCAAAAGAAACCUAAUUCCAAGGCUCAUUCUUCGUACAUUAUACAUGAUCAUGUGUGGCUUUUUUGCUGCAAUGCUUCCUUUCUUUGGUGACAUCAGUGCUGUGGUUGGUGCUAUUGGUUUCAUUCCUCUUGAUUUCAUCCUGCCAAUGCUUCUUUACAACAUCACCCACAACCCUCCUAAAUCUUCCCUCACCUAUUCCACCAAUCUCAUCAUCAUCGUCGUCUUCUCCGGAGUCGGUCUCAUGGGUGCUUUCUCUUCUAUUAGAAAGCUCAUUCUCGAUGCCCAACAGUUCAAGCUCUUUAGCAAUGACGUCGUCGAUUGAAACAUCUGCGUCUAAGGUAUAUAUGACAACAUAUUAUUAUUGUCAUUGUUUUGAUCAAACUAGGUGUAUCUUUACCACCCUUGAAAUAGGGUGGGGAUUUUUACUACUCUACGAGGAGAUGAAAUUUGAUUGUAUCUAAAGUACCAAAGGGAGCAUUUGAUGAUGUGUUGUUGUAUAAGGAAAGGGGUAAGAAAGUUAAAAUUAUGAGGAGUUAUAUCAUUACUGUGGUAAUUGAAAAAGAAGGAUAAUGUAGGUGGCAAAAUUUAGUGGGUACAGUAAAAAGCACAUAUCUUGUUUACCAAGUGGGUGAAAGGGAAUGAUGUCCAUAUAGAGAAUAAUUGUAAAUUAGAAUUCUUUUU